CUUCUUUAAGGUGCUGAGGGCCGUGAUCCACCGCUGGCCUGCUGCCUUACAUGGGCAAACCUCUCGACUGACUGAGACGGCUGGAAUGUCAGAGCGUGACGUCACUGCCUACAACUCUCCCACUAUUUGGAUCAACAAGUUUCACUUUUUGGUGGGAUUUGAAACCCCUGUUAUAUUUCCUAGAAAGCGAGAUUUCCACAUACAGUAAAGGGCAUUUCUUCAACAACCUUCCAGGAAUCCGUACAUCCAGAGAGGAGAUUAGGUGUCUGAUCCUGUAGUCCCCACCAUCACUUAGAGUUAAAAUUUGGAACCAUGUGGAACCCAGUGAACAGUAACGACCAGGCAGGACAAGUGGCUGCCAGGAUGGAGACUACUUUGGGUAGUGCGAGCAUCUCCAUCUCCCAGCAGCAGGCACCCAAGAAAUUUGCCCCUGUGGUCGCACCCAAGCCCAAGUUCAACCCUUACAAACCCGGGGGAGAGGCCUCUGACACUUCAGCGGACUACCUUCCCCCUCCACCACCUGCGGAAGAGUCAACCGGUUUCCCGCCCUCCCCCGGUUCCUUCCCUCCUCCCCCACUGAUGAACUCAUGCGACUAUCAGAUGAAAGCACCAGAGAAGACCCUGGAGCAGAGACGCUCCAGUCUGGACGCCGAGAUCGACUCCCUCACCAGCAUCCUGGAAGACCUGGAGAGCAGCUCGCCCUACAAGCCACGGAUCACACAAAACUCUGGAUCCUUGACAGCCACCUCCCCCAACGCUCCAGUGACUGGUUACAAGCGUAUGGUCAUUCCAACCCAGCCACCUCUGACUGCCACCAAGAAGUCUACGCCCAAACCUCAGGCUCCUGCGGGAGUCUCGUCUAUCCCCCCUUCUUCUGCCAGCCCGGUUGCCAAGCCUCAAAGCCACACUGCACCUCAGCCUGUCCCAGCCUCUUACGCUACAGCCUCGACCCCAAGUCAGCCCACCUUCAAUGUCCAGGUGAGGUCGGCCCAGCCUGGCCCCCAGCAUCAAGCGCCCAUUGGGCACCAUUUCGGCCAGCAGCCCAUUCGCAGCCCUGCACAGGUGCAGUAUAUGCCUGCCCAGCCCAAAGGUCCCGACUUUGCCUAUGGACCACCACAGCCUGGCUUCUCCCAGAUGGCUCAGGGUGCAUAUCAAGAACAGCACCAUCCAGGAGUACCUCAAGUAGGUGGCAUAAGCACCAGAAGACCUGAGCCAGCCCCUGCCCAAGCAUACCAACCUCCAGGCCCCAGAAAGACCUACAUCACAGAUGUACCACCAAGCUUGGCUCCCUACACUGCUGGACCAGCUGUUCCACCAAAGGGCAGUGCUCACAUGGCCCACCCUGAGGAUGAGUUGGAGCGCCUGACCAAAAAGAUGCUGUUUGACAUGGACAACCCACCAUCUGAGGAAUAUUUUGGGCGCUGUGCCAGCUGUGGAGAGAACGUAGUGGGUGAAGGCACCGGCUGCACCGCCAUGGACCAGGUCUUCCAUGUCGACUGCUUCGUCUGCAUGACCUGCAGCAGCAAGCUGCGUGGCAAGCCUUUCUACGCUGUGGAGAAGAAGGCAUACUGUGAGCCUUGCUAUAUUAACACCCUUGAGACCUGCACCAUCUGCAGUAAGCCCAUCAUGGAGCGCAUCCUGCGGGCUACAGGGAAAGCCUACCACCCUCACUGCUUCACCUGCGUGGUGUGCCACCGCAGCCUGGACGGCAUCCCUUUCACCGUGGACGCUUCCAACCACAUCCACUGCAUCGAGGACUUUCACAAGAAGUUUGCCCCGCGCUGCUGCGUGUGUUCCGAGCCUAUAAUGCCAGCGCCAGGCCAGGAGGAGACUGUCCGUAUCGUGGCCCUGGACCGCGACUUCCACGUGCAGUGUUACCGCUGUGAGGACUGUGGCUCUCUGCUCUCAGAGGGGGAUAACCAGGGCUGCUACCCUCUGGACGGACAUGUCCUCUGCAAAAACUGUAACACCAGCCGCAUCCAGGACCUCACCGCCAAGGCCACCACCGACCUCUGAACCGCCUGUAGCCCGGUCACCUCCACUGUGAUAACCCAACGCUCGCUCUCUCUCUUUCUGCCUCCCCCUCUCUCUUUCUCUCUCUCGCAAACAUACCGAUCACAGAAGCCUGCAUUCCUCAGCAUAUAUACAUAUAAAUAUCCCUCUAUAUAUAUUCACUUUCAUUAACAAGAAAAAGCAUCACGUGUUCACCUGCACACAUGUAUCUAAUGACUCAGUCCACUCACAGCAGAAGAGGCUGUGUGUUUCUUAACUGUGUUGUUAAAGGAAUAGUUGAAGAUUUUUGGGAAAUGUGCUUACACUGUACACUUUAUUAGAUGAGAAGAUCGAAGCCACUUUCAUGUUAGUAUGCUGAAUAUGAAGCUGUAGGUGCUGGAAACAUCUGGCCUGGCUCUGUCCAAAGUUUUCAAAGAAAUCCACUCAACUGUAUCCUAAAAGCUCACCAAUUAACAUGUUGAAUCUCAUUUGUGGUUUCACAGAGGUUACGGCCGGCUUCUGGCCAAGAAGUAGUAAAUUAAAGCUGCAACUUGUCACUUUGAAACUUCUGUUUUUGUACAGAUAAAAAAA